AUGUCAAAUAACUCAAUACUACAAAGAAAUGAAUCUGAGAAUCAUAUAACAACAACAACAUCAAAAGAUUUAUUAUCGCAUAAUAAUAAUAACAGUAAUACUCACACCACCAUAAAUAAUACUACCACCAUAAAUAAUCAAGAACAGCAUAAACUACAAAAACAACCAUUAACUUCAUUAAUACCGACAAACCUUAACAACAACUAUCAUCAACAAACCAAUUCAAAUCAAACCAUUCCACAAUCAGGUCAUUAUUCAAAUGAUCAAUCAACACCAAUAGAAAGUCAUAAAAUUAUAGAUAAACAAAGUUUUAAAUAUGUAUUAUUAUCAGGUAUUGCAGGUGGAGUUGCAGGAUCAGCAGCAAAAACUUUAGUUGCUCCAUUAGAUAGAAUUAAAAUUUUAUUCCAAACUUCAAAUCCUGAAUUUUUAAAAUAUAGAGGUACAUUUCAUGGUUUAAUAUUAGCAGCAAAAAGAAUUUGGUCAAAUGAUGGUAUAUGGGGAUUAUAUCAAGGACAUUCUAUAACAUUAUUAAGAAUUUUCCCAUAUGCUGCUAUAAAAUUUGUUGCAUAUGAACAAAUUAGAACUAUAUUAAUACCAAAUGAUUCUUAUGAAACAGCAGGAAGAAGAUUUUUAGCUGGUUCAUUAUCAGGAUUAGCAUCUGUUUUUUUCACUUACCCAUUAGAUUUAAUAAGAGUCAGAUUAGCUUUUGAAACAAAGAACUUAAUACAUUUAACUCAACAUCCAAAACAUUAUGAAUAUAUGAUAAAUCAUAAAGGUAAAAUUUGGACAACUAUAAUGAUGAUCUUCAAGGAAAAUCCAAAACCUUCAAAAUUAAAUGAUCCAAAUUGGUUAAAAUUUAUGAGAAAUCAUUUACCUGAACCCAUUUUGAAAAUCAGUAAUUUUUAUAGAGGAUUUUAUCCAACUAUAUUAGGUAUGAUACCAUAUGCUGGAGUAUCAUUUUAUACUCAUGAUUUAUUACAUGAUAUAUUAAGAUCAAAAUAUUUAAGUAAAUAUACAGUUGUACAAAAUUAUAAAUCAAAUAAAAAUAUAAAAUUAUCAUCAAACCCCAAUUCAUCAGUAUCAACAAGAGAAUCAAGACCUCCAUUAAAAGCAUAUGCACAAUUAUUUGCAGGAGGAUUAGCAGGAUUAUGUUCCCAAACAGCAGCAUAUCCAUUUGAAGUUAUUAGAAGAAGAAUGCAAGUUGGAGGAGCAAUAAAUCAAGGACAAUUUUUAACUUUUAAACAAACUGCAAAAUUAAUUUAUAAAGAAAAUGGUAUUAAGGGGUUUUUUGUUGGAUUAAGUAUUGGUUAUAUGAAAGUUGUACCAAUGGUUGCAUGUUCAUUCUUUGUUUAUGAAAGAAUGAAAAAAAUAUUAGGAAUAUAA